GCAGUCACAAAUUUUCUGAUACGUUUUAUUUUGUUUGGUUCGGUUCGGCAAUAGGCUAAUUCAACACAGAAUACAAAUGGCUGCUGAAGUACGAGAGGCGUUGCUGGUAGGAAACACAUCAGACUCAGAUUCAGCGCAGUCAGAUUUAAUUGAAACUUCUGAUACUCCUGGUAAAAGUGAUAAUUGUUUACUUUUGGCCUCUGACUCUUUUGAGGAUUUAAGCUUUUCAGAAUUGAGUAAAGGCGCUAUCUCAACUUGCACAGGAACAAUCAAUUCACUUGUUAACAAGAAAGCUAAGAAAAGAAGCAUUAGUUCAUUGAAUUCUGUUACUGGUAGUGAUGAUACAGUUGUGGAAACAAUCGAAUCUUUAGAAGUGUCAGUAGAGAACACAGAUGAAAGUGUAAUUCCUAAUGAUUGUACUUCAGAUAAUGUUAUUGGGUCAGCAAUAAAUAAAAUUUUAUUGCAAGAUAAUGAUGAAAAAGAGUCAGAAAGAAUUCUUCCUCAUCUUAUUGCAAGCAAUAGUGAAACCGAUUAUGUAAAUUCCUUGGAAUGGAAGCAACAAAAAAAGCAUAUUUUUAUACUCAGUGAAUCCGGCAAACCAAUCUAUAGUAGGCAUGGUAGUGAAGAUAAACUUGUAACUGUUAUGGGUGUUAUGCAAGCUUUAGUCUCUUUUGUUCAAGAUAGUGAUAAAGAUAAUUUACGUUCAAUUGUGGCUGGUGACCACAAAUUUGUAUUUAUGACUAGAGACCACCUUACAUUUGUAGGGGUCACUAAGGGCAAGGAAUCGACACAACAAAUACUGUUGCAGCUCAAUUACAUGUACAGUCAGGUUAUCAGUGUACUUACACAUACUACGUUGACACGUAUAUUUAGACAACACAGAAAUUAUGAUUUAAGAAGACCUUUAAGUGGGGCAGAAAAAUUCUUUGAUAAUUUACUAAAUUUAAUGGACAUAGAACCUGGCCUGUUGCUUACAUCAGUACGAUGUCUUCCACUUGAUAGUGCUGUUCGAGAUACCAUAUCACAAACUAUAGUUCAGUAUGCUAAAGUAAAGGAUUUGGUUUUUGCUUUGAUCAUUGCACAAAACCAGUUAGUUGCAGUUGUACGCAUGAAAAAAUAUUAUCUACACCCUAUGGACAUGCAUUUAAUCUUGAAUCUUAUCAACGCAUCUGAGUCGUUUAAAGCUGCAGAAUCUUGGACUCCAAUUUGCCUCCCAAAAUUUGAUGCAGCUGGUUUUCUACAGGCCCAUGUGUCCUAUCUAGAUGAUGAGUGUCAAACUUGUCUGCUCUUGCUGUCUGUAGACAUUGAGGCAUUUUACAUUCUGUCAGACUGCAAAGCUAAAAUCAAAGAGAGAUUACAGAGAUAUAAUGCACUAUCUGCUAUAGGCAAUUCUUUGAGGCGAAAUUCCUACUCCAUACAGCAGUGUAGCAUUAGUGAUUUACGCCAUUUUUUAUACAAGGCUCGUAGUACUGCUCAGUACACAAGUCCUGAAUUGGAAGCCCCAUAUAACACUAAGGAAGAGCAAGAAAGACUUUUUGGGCUGUAUUAUUACCUUCAUGACAGAAUUCAUACAUCAGGGCGACCACUGAAAAUAUUAUUUCAUGUUGGGCCAUAUGAAACUUUAUUAGGUUGGAUCACUCAAGGCUUUGAACUGUAUGCCGUUUUUGGCCCGUUGGUUACUAAAAUAAGUGCCAUACACGCUGUCAACAAACUUUUGAGAUGGAUCAAGAAGGAGGAAGACAGAUUAUUUAUUCUUAAUUCUGUGACAUUUUAAUAUUAUGUACACAAAAUGGAUCUUUUUUUUUCAAAAUAUAAGCUUUUCAAAUCCUCAUAA